AUGGACAGGCAACGGUCGUGUCUAACCAGCCUGGGCUUCGGCGUCCUGGCAUUCACCUCGGUGCUCGCCUUCUACAGCUCCUGGGGCGACGCGAGCUCCGUGGGAUUCGUGCUGCUCGCGGACGCCGCUCUCCUGCUCCUCUUCCUCUGCCUCCGUGAGUUCGAGCAGGGCGGCGGCAGGGGCAGGGAUGCCAGGAUCAAGACCGCGGUGUGGUGCUUGACGACAUUGUUCACGGCCAUGUUCGCGUCCAGGGUUGCGCCGCUGAUGCCGCCGCUCGUGGGCGCCCUUGUCUGGACGAUGGCCGUCGCCACGGCCGCCGGCGGCGUCUGGGCGUUCUUCCUGAAUCCAUGA